UGGGCAUUGCGUUACUAACAUCCGGGAAGUACUGGAGAAGGAAUGUUUCGCUUUGGGGAAGACUGAAUUAACUUGAUCAGCACAAUUUUUGGACACUUGUUGCGCAUUCAUUUACACUUUUGUGCGAGUUUACUGGUAUCUGUGCAUCCUGAUAGUUUAAAUGGCGUGUAAAACUGAAAACCACAAGAUGAAGCCAGCCACAUCCACCUUUGUCGUAUCAAGCCCACAAUAAACGAGUUAUUGCGGAAAUCUCACAGAGAGGGCGGAGGAUCUGAGCUGCCGUGUGGGUGUUGUCGGUCACACGUAGGUCAGAAUUUAAAUGCAUGCAAAUAAUCACGCGUACUCCCCUUGGAGCCAAGAAAAAGCGGUGUUACCUGCGUUUGGUUGCCAUUAUGUCAUCUAGGCCGGCGGCAGUGGAGCAGCCCGUGGUGUAAAUGCUCUCGACAAAUAAGAUCAGUCACCUGCGUCUGUAGGUACGAUAUAUGAAAAAACCCAACUUUAACAGAAGAUACUGGUAGAAAUUAGGGGUUGCAAUGGAGCCCAGAACUGUAGUAAAGGAAGAGUUUUUCAUCGUCAUACGCGGGAGGUCGAAGAAAGGCUUCACCCGGGGAUCUAUCGGCCGUGUGGAGACAGAGACGCAGCACGGAGAGCUCAUGGUGCUGCUGUACGGAGCUGGAAACAACGCAGGGAGCCCCAAGACCGGAGGCAUCGUGAACAGAGAGGACACGUACCCUCUGACGCGUCACCAGGCCAAGCUGUUGCUCUUCAUUUUCUCCGCAAGUAAGCGCUUAGAGCUGCUGUGUAACCGCCAGCUGUUCUCAGCCAUCUGUGAGCUGUCUCAGGACGACCUGGUGGUGGUGAAGCACAAAAAGGGAAACCUGCCUGGGAUGGUGAAAAACCUGAUGCAGAUUGGGAGGAAGGAGAACAAUGAUGACCUGCACAUGCUUGGCUUUGAGGUGGAGCUCAUGGACAGUAAUCACACUUUGUCAUCCAAGAAAACUGCUCCUCUGUCUCUGUUCAGUGCUGCAGACAUUAUCCAGGUGUUGCCUUCUUACACCGCACUUGCUCUGCACUGGAGAGACGGACAAAGUGAGGGUCUAACCAGAAAAGCAGGGACAUGCACUGACUCCAUGCCCAGUAUUGAAUCUCAUGCAGGACAAGUGGGAGAAAACCAUAAAGAGCAGAGCAUCCUUCAGAGCCAAAGUACCAGCACAGCUCAUGUGCCUCUGGAGGUGGGAUCCAUAGUGGAGGUGAUGUCCAACUCAGGGAUCACAGUGUACGGGGUCAUCCGGUGGCUGGGGGUCCUUGUAGGGAAGACUGAUGAAUGGGCUGGGAUCGAACUAGACUAUGAGGUGAACGGCUGCUCUGAUGGGACGUAUAGAAACCAGAGAUAUUUCACAUGCAAGGGGAACAUGGCUUUGUUUGUUCCUGUCACAAAGUGCAGCCCCGAUAGAAGGUUUUUCUGCUCUUCAGGAACGGGGACCUCAAAACCCUCCAAAACACCUCCAGUUCCUCCAUUUGAGGACUCCGGGGAUGAUGCACCACCUAUCCCAGAGUCAGAGGCCUUGUCUUUGUUAGUGGGAAAAAUGAAGGGGAUUCAGGGUCACAUUAACUCCUGUUACCUUGAUGCCACACUCUUCAGUUUGUUCAGCUCAUCCGUGACCCUGGAUAAUAUCUGCCACAAGCCUGCUGCCAAGGAGCAACCCAUAACCUGCACCCUGAGAAAAAUAGUCAACUGUUUACGCAGGCAUGGGUUUGUGCCCGCUGAGAGUGUGAUGAACUUCCGUAAACAGCUUGGCUGCGACACCUUCCGCACGGAGGAAAAAGACCCAGAGGAGUUUAUCACAGUGCUCUUUCAGAAGGUGCUUCGUGUGGAGCCACUGCUGAAACUCUGGUCAAGACGGCAAACAUCUCAGGGUGCCUACACCUUCCAGAUUUUCCUAGAAAAAGGGCAGAUGGGGCCGAUGCCCUCCGUCCAGCAGCUGCUGGAUACAUCCUGCCUGUCAGGUGACCUCAAGUUUGAAGAUAUGCCGUCCUGUCUAAUGGUCCAGAUGCCAAGGUGUGGAAACAAGUAUAAGAUGUUUCCUUACAUCAUUCCUACCACUGAGCUGGACAUCACAGACCUUCUAUACAACUCUCCAAGAGAAUGCUUCAUCUGUGGGUGUUUGGCAAAGUAUGAAUGUCUUCAUUGUCUGCCAGACCCCAAACUGCAGCCUGGAAGAAUCAAGCAGUACUGUUAUACCUGCAACACACAGGUGCACAGUCAUCUCUCACGGCAGGGUCACUCUCCCAAAGCUCUCGAGGUGCCGGCAGAUGUAGCGCCCGACAGCCCUGUGGCCAGGCACGUGAUGCAGCUGUUUGCUGUGCUGUGA